AUGUCUCGUCCAAACAUCACUCUGUACACUGCGCAAACCCCCAAUGGGAUCAAGAUCUCCAUGGCUUUGGAGGAGCUUGGCAUCCCAUACAAGUUCGAGAAGAUCGACAUCGCGAAGAACGUGCAGAAGGAAGAAUGGUUCCUCAAAAUCAACCCCAACGGCCGCAUCCCGGCCUUAACAGAUACUUUCGAAGAUGGCCAAACAAUUAAUCUCUUCGAAUCUGGCAGCAUCCUGCAAUACCUCGCCGACCAAUAUGAUCCAGAGCACAAGAUCUCCUACCCCAAGGGCACCCGCGAGUACUACGAGGUGAACAACUGGCUCUUCUUCCAGAACGCCGGCGUGGGCCCCAUGCAGGGCCAAGCGAACCACUUCUCCCGCUACGCACCCGAGCGCAUCGAGUACGGCGUGAACCGCUACGUGAAUGAGACCCGCCGCCUGUACGGCGUGCUUGACAAGCACCUCUCACAGUCCAAGUCGGGAUACCUGGUCGGCGACCACAUCUCCAUUGCGGAUAUUUCGCUGUGGGGAUGGGUGGCGGCUGCUGGGUGGGCGGGAGUCGAGAUUGAGGAAUUUCCUCACUUGAAAGCUUGGGAGGACUUCAUUGCGAAGAGGCCUGGUACUGAGAAGGGACGCCAUGUGCCCUCCCCUCAUACUAUGAAAGAUUUGAUCAAGGAUAAGGCUGCCGCGGAUAAGCUUGCUGCUGAGUCUCGGGCUUGGAUUCAGCAAGGUAUGAAGGAGGAUUCUAAGAAAUAA